CGCACCGCGUGUCGACGAAUUCCGGGGGUGGGAAAUUUCACAUGUGUGCGUUUUCACUGGUGACUGAGGUUUUCUCUCCUCUUUUACAGCCGAUUAACUGACGACCUCAUUGCCAGCCUCACAAUAUGACCUCAUCUGGAAAUACAAUGGAUGACGAGGACACGUUUAAAAUUCUCGUUGCCACUGACAUCCACCUGGGUUAUCUGGAGAAAGAUGCUGUUAGAGGCAAUGACACAUUCGUGACAUUUGAUGAGAUAAUGAAACAUGCAAAGGAAAAUGAGGUGGAUUUUGUAUUGCUGGGUGGGGAUCUUUUCCAUGACAACAAGCCGUCUCGGAAAGCCAUGCACAGCUGUCUUGAGAUCAUGAGGAAAUACUGCAUGGGCGACAACCCCAUCCUGUUUGACAUCCUUAGUGACCAGGCAGUCAACUUUGGCAACAGCAAGUUUCCGUGGGUGAACUACCAGGACGAAAACCUGAACAUUUCCAUCCCUAUUUUCAGCGUGCAUGGAAACCAUGAUGAUCCGACUGGGGCUGAUGGUCUCUGUGCUCUGGACCUGUUGAGCUGUGCUGGUUUGGUGAAUCAUUUUGGCCGCAGCCGUUCAGUGGAAAAGCUGGAGAUCAGUCCGAUUCUUCUGCAGAAAGGAAGCACCAAGAUCGCUAUGUAUGGCAUUGGUUCUAUCCCAGAUGAAAGGCUGUACCGGAUGUUUGUAAACAAGCAGGUGACCAUGCUCCGUCCCCGUGAGGAUGAAGAAAGCUGGUUCAAUAUGUUCGUCAUCCAUCAAAACAGGAGUAAGCACGGUGCCACUAACUACAUCCCUGAGCAGUUUCUGGAUGAUUUCCUGGACCUGGUUAUUUGGGGUCAUGAGCACGAGUGUAAAAUAACUCCAGCCCGAAAUGAGCAGCAGCUCUUCUACGUCACACAACCUGGCAGCUCUGUGGUCACUUCACUGUCUCCGGGAGAAGCUGUCAAAAAACACAUCGGCUUGCUGCGAGUGAAGGGGAGAAAAAUGAACCUGCAGAAAAUUCCUCUGCAGACAGUCAGGCAGUUUCUGAUUGAAGAUGUAACACUGGCCAACCACGCUGACCUCUUCAGCCCAGAGCAGCCCAACGUCACACAAAAAGUCCAGGCUUUCUGUCAGCAGAAGGUAGAGGAGAUGUUGGAGGAGGCGGAGAGAGAGAGACUGGGGAAUCCACUGACGCCUGAGAAACCUCUCAUCAGGCUACGAGUGGACUACAGUGGAGGUUUUGAGCCGUUUACCACAAUGCGGUUUAGUCAGAAGUUUGUGGAUCGAGUUGCGAAUCCCAAAGAUAUCCUGCAUUUCACCAGACACAGAGAAACCAAAGACAACAUCAAAGAGGAGGCUAUAGACUUUGAUAUGCUUCUCUCUCGACCAUCCUCGGAGGUUCUACAGUUGCGAGUGGAGGAUCUCGUCAAGGAAUACUUCCAGACUGCUGAAAAGAACAUGCAGCUGUCUCUGCUGACGGAGCAGGGCAUGGGCAAAGCCGUGCAGGAGUACGUGGACAAGGAGGAGCGAGAUGCUAUAGAGGAGCUCAUCAACUACCAGCUGGAGAAGACGCAGCGCUACCUCCGAGAGAGGCGAGUGGAGGCCAGUGAGGAGAAGAUCGACGAAGAGAUUCGCCGCUUCCGAGACUCAAAGAGAAACACUGCAGAGGAAGAUGAAGAAGUCAAAGAGGCUAUUAGUCGGGCAAAAGCCCACAGGGACCGAGGCGAUUCUGUCAGAGACGCUGAUGCUGACCUCUCGGAUGAGCCACUUGACAUCUCUAUGGAGUCAGAUGAAGAUUCAGUCCCUACGUCGUCAGGUCGAGGAAGAGGCCGAGGGGCUAGAGGCAGAGGGGGAAGAGGCCAAAGCACUACAACAAGAGGAAGAGCAAGAGGUGCUGGUUCUCAGUCAGGACGAGGAGGCAGAGGACAGAAAGCUUCAUCAAGUCCUGUUAAAACCAAGUCUAUAAUGGAUGCCUUCCAGGCUCCGGCCCCAAGGGCGUCCCGCGGCACCACCAAAAAAUCUGUGGAGGUCAUCAUAGAUGAUAGUGACUCAGAAGACGACUUGUCCUUUGUUUCGUCCAAGCCUGUCCAGAGAACCUCCUCCGUCACUUCCAGUAAAAGGAGCUCUCAGAGCCAGAGCCAGUCCUACAAAGGAGUUUGCUUUGAUGAUGAUGAUGAUGAGGAUGAGUUCGACCCAUUUAAAAGCUCAAGUCGACAGGGCAGAAGAUGACUGGACAAAACUCUCCAAAUCAAACCUGUGCCUGACCUCAGUUCACCCUCCCUCCCAUCCUCAGUUGACUCUCACUCCCACCCUUUCUUAAACCUGCCGGUUUGUUUUGAAAAUGGAAAAUGGAUCCCACUAUUUUUGUCUGCACAAGGUGGACGUUUUUUUUUCUCUCUCAGAUCUUACUGUCUUGGGUGUAGCUGUGCUCUUUGAGUGCACUCAACAAGUAAAGUUUAUUCAAAGUCCACAAGCACGAAAAACAAGAAGUAAUGCUGCCUGCUGGUACAUGUUUAGCAGAAAUUUCAGAAGAUGCAUCUUUAACUUCAACCUGAACCUUAACCUUUCACUUCACCUUUAGCCUUAGCUCAUAUAGUAGGCGAAUGCCGUGAUAAGCCUCAGGCCAUGAACGUCUUCACCAUCACCUCCCGACCAAACCAGCUGUAAAUGUGCAUAGUUCCGUUUUUCUGUAGUUCCUCCUAAAAAACACAUUUGUGUAAUAAAUCAUAUAGAGGAAUAAAGUUCAUUAUAAUUCAGUGAUGGUUAUUCUCAGCCAUCGAUUAUGGUCCCAACAGCACUACCGUGAUGAUGUAGGCAGUACGGCUCCCAUAAUGCCUUGGUGUACUCUGCUUUUGUUCAGAUUCCCUCUCAGUGGUCUGGCUGACAGACAUAUAUCGAUGUGCUUGGACAUUAAUCUGCUGGAAUCGGCCUCUGAGCUCUCAGUAAACUUCUUCAAAUGUC